AUGUCUGAUACCAGUACUCUACCUUUCGGACCUGUCGAUUGCAGUGACAAAGUCAACAUCAACGGCAAUUACAUCUUCAUGGAUGUUGAAAAUCUACUCAUAGAUUGGCCGACUUAUAUGAUCAAGUUCACACCCACCCACCCAGGACCUGUAGCUCUUAUAUUGCAUUUAAAAGACACGUCCAGAUUCACGUCUGUCGAAGACAUGGAAAGUGAUACAGAGACAUCAAAAUUGAAGGCUCACAAGAUGUAUGAUACAUUUUUUUUCUCUUCAUCUAGCAUGAAAGACGACCUGGAUGUGACAUUUGUCUCCAAUGAGAUGACCUCCAAGACUGAGGAUGACCCCAAUCUCUUCACUGCAACUCCAGUGAGGCUCACCAGAGUCAGGAAGGACUUUACCUCAAAAAAACACAAGCUCAGUCACGGUCACUUCUUUGGAGAUGCAGAUUCUGUUUGGCCCCCCCACUGGCCUCAUGGCUACCAAGACAUUUCUUCAUGGCCAAUCUCAGCUUUUGAAAACCUCAAGAUUACACCAGCUGAUGUAGUGGCCAAUGACAAAACUAUGUAG